UUCAAAGUAAUUUGUUAAUUUUUGUGAUCGAAAAAGAUUUCUUUUAAUUUUUUGUCUGAAAAAGCAUAAAAUGAAGUGUAUUAUACCAGAAAUUUCAUGGCAUAAUCGUGAUCCUGUUCUUAGCGUUGAUAUUCAACCAAAAUCUGAAUUAUUUAGUGGUGAUAAUAAAUUACGUUUGGCAUCUGGUGGCACUGAUUCUCACGUUCUAAUAUGGUAUAUGUCGUGGAAUGAGCAUGGAUCAAUUGAUUUGGAAUUAGCUGCUGAUUUGUCACGGCAUCAAAGAGCAGUUAAUGCAGUUAAAUGGUCUCCAAAUGGGAAAUUUCUAGCUUCUGGUGAUGAUGAAAGUGUUGUUUUUAUAUGGAAAUUAAAAGAAAAAAACGAAACUGUAAAUAUCUUAGAUGACACUAAUACUCAAGAUAAAGAAAUUUGGAUUAAUUUAAAAAUUUUACGUGGACAUUUAGAGGAUAUAUACGAUUUAUCAUGGAGCCCAGAUUCACAAUAUCUGGUUAGUGGAUCUGUAGAUAAUACCGCAUUGAUUUGGGAUAUCCAAAAAGGUCGUUCAAUUGCAAUGCUAAGAGAUCAUAAAAGCUUCGUACAAGGAGUUGCGUGGGAUCCUAAAAAUGAGUUUAUUGCAACAUUAAGCACAGACAGAAAUAUGAGAAUUUUUGAUAUAAAAACAAAAAAAUGUGUAAGUAGAGUUAACAAGUGUAUUUUACCUGUCCCAGAAUGCAGUGAAUUAUUUGAUAAGUCAGUCAGAAUAUUUCAUGAUGAUACCCUGCAAACAUUUUUUCGAAGGUUAUGUUUUAGCCCAGACGGAAAUUUGAUUAUUACACCGUCAGGAAUAACUGAUUGUGAUGGUGUAAAUAAACGUAUCAAUGCAACAUAUAUUUUUACAAGAUAUUCUCUAAAACAACCUGCGGUUAUACUACCAUCUCCAGAUGAAUACACGGUAGCUGUUAAAUGUUGUCCGCAAUUCUUUAAACUUCAUGAAAAUGGGCCUGAACCAGUUAUUGAUUUGCCAUAUAGAAUAAUUUUUGCGGUUGCAACAAAAAGUUCAGUUUAUUUAUAUGACACCCAACAAAAAAUACCUUUUGGCGUGGUUUCGAAUAUUCAUUAUACAAGAUUAAGUGAUCUGACUUGGUCAUCUGAUGGUAGGAUUUUGAUCAUUUCAAGUACGGAUGGUUUUUGUUCCAUUAUAACUUUUGAAGAAAACGAAUUAGGUUGUGUUUUCAAUACUGAGUCUCUAGAUAAGACCACUCCUAGAAAAAAUAAUGGUAUUAAAGAAAACAAAAAAUCACCGAAAACCGAAUCAAAUCAAAGUCAAGUAGAACCUAAGCAAAGUGAGAUAGGCAUACAAAAGCUCGAUUUUAAAAAGAUUAAUGCAAUUACUCCAAAUAAAGGAAUUAAUUUGACCGAUAAAACUAUAGAAGAAAGCUCUGCAAAUAAAAUUACAAAUUUUUCGAAAUUACAAAAUUUCAUCAUUGAUAAAGAAGUUUUAAGUGUUGAUGAAAAAUUUCACUCACCUUGCAGUAAAAAAUCUCGGCAACCAACUCCUAUUGCAGUAAGAAGAACUCCAAGAGUGCUAACUGAAAACAAUAUGGGUCAAAGUCCUUCAACUACUCAAAAAAUAGAUAACGACAAUAAAAAAUCCCGCAGGCAACUGACUGAUACAACAACUAUUACAGAAGAAGCCAGAGAAGCUUGGCCAGUACCAAUAGAAGCUAUGGAAGUUGAUGAUGAUAAAAUACAAAAUCAUGAAAAAAAUAGUAAAUUGGAUCCCUCGGCCGUCAUCGAAAUUUCCGAAGACAUUCAAUUAGUUAUGGAAGAUACUCAAAACUAACUUAACAAUAAGAUAAAAAUUUAAAAUUAGUUUUUGAUUAAUUACCUAUGUACAUAUGGACUAGAAAGUAGUUUUAAAGGAAACUAAUCAAUUUAUUAGAAUAAGACAAUAAAACAAAAAUAUUAAAACAGUUCAUUUACAUACUAUAUUAUAUCAAACACAUAAUACAUAUUUUGAUUGUUAAAUUUGGCUUUCUAGUAAAAAUUUCCAAUUUGAAAUACAUAUUCAGUAUUUUCAAUAAUGGAAUUAUUCUGAUAAAAAUGCUAUAUUUUUAAAAUACAAAUAUUAAAUAUUUUGUAAGAUUUUAUGGUUGCAAUAUUCAAAAUUCUUAAAUAAUGAUUAAGAACUGUAAUAAGAAUAUUUCCUUGAAAAUGCAACUAGUCU